GGCUGCGUGGCGUGUCUUCCCCCAACACGCCCCACCCACGCCCGAGUCAUGGUCAUGCCUCUCCUAACCGUGGCCGUAUAUAUAACCACGCCUACAACCAUCUAACUCCCCGACCAUUUCCGCUUCCACUUCCAACCUAACGCUGCAACGCCCCCUGCUUGUCUUCCCCGCGCGCAGCCCUUGCGGUGGCCAUGGCCGUGCAGGCGCGACUCCUCUCUCAUGCCUUCCCCCACGACCUCCAUGCCUUCAGGGCUAUGGAGGACGCAACGGUGGGUGGCUCGGUGUUAUUGGACGACUACGGCGGGUGCGUGCCGGCGGCAGCGGGGAUCGGGGACAUGACGGUGCUCAGCGACUUCCCCCGCAGCGAGGUCACCUGCAACUACGGAUUCGUGCCGAGGAAGCGGCCGCGCGUGGCGGCGGAGGGUAUCCUGGAGGAUCAGUCCGUGGUUCUGCCCCCGGCAGUGACGCAGGGGCUGCUUCCAGUGCCAGUCGGGGACGUGCAGAAUAGGGCGGUGGGCUCCGGUGCGGCGUCUACCAGCGGGAGCAUGGCCGAUGGCGCGAUCGCUUUGCAGUCGCAGGGCAUCCUGUCGCGGCUGUACCACCAGGGCGUGGAGAUCGACGUGCUUGUAAGACUCGAGACCGAAAGGAUGCGCGCGGGGCUGGAGGAGGCACGGCGGAGGCACGCCCGAGCGCUACUGGCCAUCGUGGAGCGCGCCGCGUCGGGGCGGCUCCGCACGGCGGAGGCUGAGCUGGAACGCGCGCUCCGCCGCAACGCGGAGCUCGAGGAGAAGGCCCGACAGAUGGGCGCGGAAGGGCAGGCGUGGAUGGGCAUCGCAAAAAGCAACGAGGCCGUCGCCUCCCGUCUCCGCGCCACCCUCGACCAGCUCCUCCAGUCAUCCUGUGCGGCCACCGCCGCCGCGGCCGUCGGCGAGGGUGAGGCCGAGGACGCUCAGUCGUGCUGCUUCGAGGCGCCGGCUGCCGACGCCAACUACGACGACGACGACGUGUCCAGGUCCAAGGCCGCGGCGGCGUCGUGCAAGGCGUGCAGCGGUGGGCAGGCGUGCGUGCUGCUGCUCCCGUGCCGGCACCUGUGCCUGUGCCGGGCGUGCGAGGCCACGGUGGACGCGUGCCCCAUCUGCGCGGCCAUCAAGAACGCCACGCUCCAUGUCCUUGUCUCUUGAAGCUUACCGCGUCCGUGCGUGCACGUGCGGAAGACAAACAACGGCCUUCCUCCACGAGGCCAGGAGGCAAAAGCCUUCAUGGUUCCUGCUUCUCUACCAGAGCUUGAUCAGUUGAGCCAUCCGCUCUCCGUUUUGGCAAGGUUGCAAACGCGCAGAAUUGCAUCCUGGAAAGGAGAUUAUGUAGGCGAAAGGGCCACUGCACAAACCGUAAUGCCCCGGAGCUCCGGGCGCAGUCCAGCGUUACUAUUGCUAUCAAAUCAUGCCCAUUUCACUUAAAAA